AUGUCCCGGAUAGGUCCGAACCUUGACGACGGCCAAUACGGCUUCCGGGAGGGACGUUCCACCGUGGACGCGAUUCGGCGUCUGCGGUCCCUCUCGGAGGCCAUAGUGCAGGAGGGCGGGGUGGCGGUGGCGGUGUCCUUGGACAUCGCCAACGCAUUUAACACCCUGCCCUGGGGUAGGGUGGUGGAGGCCAUGGAAGGCCACUUCCAAUUCCCACCCUACCUCGUGGCUGUCGUCAGGGAUUACUUCCGGGGUCGGCGUCUAGCCUGGAGAGACGCCGACGGCAAGGUAUGCGAGAGGGGCAUGAGUUGCGGGGUUCCACAGGGACUGGGCCUGGUGGUGGCGGAGAGGAAGACGGAGGCGAUCUUCCUCCAUGGCAGGAGGAUGAAGCCACCCCAGGCCCAGAUAAGAGUAGGAAGGGUCAGGGUCCCAAUAGAGGCCCAGAUGAGAUAUCUGGGCCUCACCCUGGACGGCACCUGGUGCUUCAGGCAACACUUCAAUCGCCUGGUCCCCCGGUUAAGGGCUGUCUCGAGCAGAGUCAGCAGGCUCAUGCCGAGAACCGGGGGACCCGAUGGGAAGGCGCGUCGCCUCCACGCUGGGGUACUCAACUCGGUGGCCCUUUACGGGGCACCGAUAUGGGCGGAAGCCCUGGCCGUCAGUCGCCCGAUACAGGCAACCUUGCGCAGGGUGCAAAGGGCGCUGGCGGUCAGGGUGGCCCGAUGCUACCGAACAGUAUCCCACGUGGCGGCGACGGUCCUGGCGAGCAUGCCCCCCCUGGAGCUCAUGGCCCUUUCGUACAUGGGAAUGUACGAUAGGAAGCGUGAGCUCCUACGUAUGGGGGGGGCGGAAGAACCGCUCGCCAGGACAAUCAGAAGGAUGAAGCACCAGACUCGACAGGUCCUCCUUCAGAGAUGGCAGCGACUCCUGGCUAAUGCCAGGACUGCCCCGCCUGGAGUGCCGAGCGCGGAGUCAUGGUCAGGGCCUUGGGCCAGGACCUCUCACUCCCGGGGAUAG